CUCAACAACAUCUGGAAGACUUUCAAAACCGAAGUGAAUAAUAAUAUCCAAACUCACUAGAAACAUAGGAUCAGAUCUCAGACAAGAGUGUGUAACGCGACAUGAAGCAACUCGUUGCGAGGACAGCUUUACGAGCUCUGCUUGUCCGCGGCAGAGUGAACUCUAACAUGUUCACGAGGUGUGUUUCCACCGCCUACGUGGUUAAACAUGAAAAAGAAGCUGAGAAACCGAUGCUAGUUCAUGACUGCUGCGGCGGCUUUGGCGACUUCAAUAUCCGUUCUGAGCAUGUAUCCUUGCUUGGGCGUUUCAACCUAGGGUGGAGGAGGAUGUGUUCUGCGUCGGCGACUGAGAAGAAAGAUGAAAAACCACCAACGAUGGGUACGGUGAAGAAAGAUCAUAACGGCGGUGGAUCUGUGGCGGUUCCGAGUUAUUGGGGAAUAGAGACGGCCAAGAUGAAGAUUGCUCGAAAAGAUGGGUCCAAAUGGCCCUGGAACAGUUUUAUGCCAUGGGAGACACAUCAAGCAGACUUAUCUAUCGACGUCAAGAAGCACCACGUUCCGAAGAAUAUAGCCGACAAAGUCGCUUACGUGAUAGUCAAGCUCCUCCGUAUUCCCACCGACAUGUUCUUCCAGAGACGUUACGGAUGCAGAGCAAUGAUGCUAGAGACAGUAGCCGCAGUACCAGGGAUGGUCGGAGGAAUGCUACUCCACCUAAAAUCAAUCCGGAGAUUCGAACACAGCGGAAGCUGGAUCAAAGCGUUGCUAGAAGAAGCGGAGAACGAGAGGAUGCAUCUGAUGACGAUGAUGGAGUUGGUCCGACCCAAAUGGCACGAGCGUCUUCUCGUGAUACUCGUCCAAGGCGUUUUCUUCAGCUCUUUCUUCGCUUGCUACGUUGCUUCGCCGCGGUUGGCUCAUCGUAUCGUUGGAUACUUGGAGGAAGAGGCUAUACAUUCGUACACGGAGUUUCUUAAAGAUAUCGACGACGGGAAGAUCGAGAACGUCAAGGCGCCUGCGAUAGCGAUUGAUUAUUGGGGGUUGCCGGAAGAUGCUACGUUGAAAGAUGUUGUCACUGUGAUCCGUGCUGAUGAAGCUCAUCAUCGAGAUGUUAACCAUUUUGCUUCCGACAUUCGCAAUCAAGGAAAGGAAUUGCGAGAAGCAGCAGCUCCGAUUGGUUAUCAUUAGUGAAGAGUUAUUGUAUUUACUUUUAGUUUUUUUCUUUAUCUUGUAUUGUAUUAGCUCACAAAGACCUCACUUAUAACAUAAGGCUUGAUUAAUAUUUUA